AACUUAAUAUAAAGAUACUUAAACAUAUUUUUGUCGUAGAAGAAAAGUAAAUUGUGCAGUUAGAGCGAUAUUUGUCUUAAAAUUUUGAAAUAAAGACUUGCCGCGAACCAAAUUCUUACUCUUAUAUCAAUCGGCAUUUUUUCAAAGUUUUUUAAUUCGGAUCUUUUUUUAUUAUAUCCUCUUCUAUUCAGCCUUUUCUUUUGUUUUGUUAUAUUCAAAGAGGCUUUUCUCGUUCAUCAUUCUUGAAGUACAGCUUUGGUUUCACAGUCUACAUUCGACUAAAAUCGAUACCUCACAUUUUACAAGCUACCUCUUUCCAAAUUAGAAAGCUUUUUUUCAUAUUUAAGUUCCUAUUAUGAGCGGACAAACGAGCAUUCAUUUGCCAGAACCUUCUGCAAUCCAAAAGCCAGUUCCUAUUGAGGAAUUCUUACAGAUUAAAGAGCAGUAUGAUUCAGAACAUCCGCUAAUCACUCUACAAACUAAAUUUAAUUUGGCCUGGGCUCUCGUUUGCUCAGAAAAUCUUCAGCAAGUUCAACAAGGUCUCACUUUGUUCUGCACUGUCUACCGAGACUUCCCUGAGCGCCGGUUGGAGACUUUAUACUACAUUGCACUUACUCAAUAUAAAAUUAAGCAAUACGAAGAAUCUCGUCGGUACCUGAACAUGCUGCUCGCCAAGGAUCCUUCAAACCCCCAAGCGUUGCGGUUGAAGUCUUUGUUGUACAAUGCUGUCACAACGGAGGGAUACAUUGGGAUGGCCGUUGUGGCAGGAGCAGUUGUUUCUGCUGCCGCAUUAGUCGGUUGGGCUUCUAAGCGUAUGUUUUCUAGACGAAGAUAGUGCUUACGAAAUGCUUUCAACAUUAAUGAUGUCCUUUUCUGUUCUUUUCUUUUGAUGAAUUUUUACUUUCCUUGUACCGAAUUAAUUCCCUUAUAGUCAAGUUUUGUGGUGACGCGAACUUUUUCCUCAUGUAUGACUUUUUUCCCAUUUUGUGGAUAAACGCAUUAAAAGUUAUUUUAAAUAAAUUUAUAUAGCUUUCAAGUUAACUAAAUGCCAGUAUUACAUCUUUCAAUCGUAU